AGGAGACGGUGCACACCGGGAGGAGAGCCGUAUGAGGGUUUCGACCCAGGGGCUGGACUGACAACUCGGGAUUUGUCCUCCUGCCUGUGUCGGUGAGGAGAGGAGAGGAGAGGGAAGGAAAGGAGAGGAGAGAGGGGGGAUCUUCAGCGCUGGAGCGACCAGCCACCUUUCUUCUAUCGGGGCUGCGGUAAAAGUCGUUCACGAUGCCGGUGUUUCACACCAAGACCAUCGAGAGUAUCCUGGAGCCGGUGGCCCAGCAGAUCUCCCACCUGGUCAUCAUGCACGAGGAGGGGGAGGUGGACGGUAAAGCCAUCCCAGAUCUGACGGUGCCGGUGGCCGCGGUGCAGGCGGCAGUCAGCAACCUUGUGCGGGUGGGGAAGGAGACAGUUCAAACCACUGAGGACCAGGUGAUGAAGAGAGACAUGCCUCCUGCGUUCAUUAAGGUGGAGAACUCGAGCUCUAAACUCGUCCAGGCGGCUCAGAUGCUAAAGGCGGAUCCAUACUCUGUUCCUGCACGAGAUUACCUGAUCGAUGGAUCCAGAGGGAUACUGUCCGGAACGUCGGACCUACUCCUUACCUUUGAUGAGGCCGAGGUGCGUAAGAUAAUUCGAGUGUGUAAAGGUAUCCUAGAGUAUCUGACAGUUGCUGAGGUGGUGGAGACCAUGGAGGACCUCAUCACUUACACCAAGAACCUGGGACCAGGGAUGACCAAAAUGUCAAAGAUGAUUGAGGAGAGGCAGCAGGAGUUGACGCACCAAGAACACAGACAGAUGCUAGUCAACUCCAUGAACACUGUCAAAGAGCUGCUGCCUGUGCUUAUAUCCGCUGUUAAGAUUUUUGUUGCAACCAAAAGCAGUCGGGCUGUCGGCGUCGAGGAGGCCGAGAGGAACAGAAGGUUUACCUUUGAAAAGAUUAGUGCCGAAAUCAACGAGAUCAUACGAGUGUUACAGCUCACCACGUGGGACGAGGACGCCUGGGCCAAUAAGGAUAUGGAGGCUUUGAAGAGAUCUCUGGCUUUGAUUGAGUCAAAGAUGGCACAAGCUAAAAGCUGGCUCAAAGACCCCCAUGGACAACCAGGAGACCCCGGCGAGGUCGCCCUGCGUGUCAUACUGGAUGAAGCUGGUAAGGUGGGAGAGCUGUGUGCUGGGAGGGAGAGGAAAGAUAUACUGGCGACCGCUAAGGCUCUGGGACAAAUGACCGACCAGAUCGCAGACCUGCGAGCCAGAGGCCAGGGCCCGACCCCGGGGUGUGUGCAGCGUGCAGGCCAGUGCUCACAGGGCUUAGACUUGUUAUUUGGCAAAGUGGACAGUGCUGCUCGCAGGUUGGAGGCUCUAAUCAAUGCCAAACAGGCCAUUGCCAGAAGGCUGGAUGCUGCACAGGCCUGGCUGGCUGAUCCUAAUGGCGGUCCUGAAGGGGAGGAGAACAUCAGAGCGCUGCUAGCAGAGGCCAAGCGCAUCGCAGAUUUAUGUGAAGACCCCAAAGAGAGGGAUGACAUCCUGCGCUCCAUCAGUGAGAUCGCAGGCCUCACCGCCAGACUUGUGGAGCUACGCAAACAGGGUAAAGGUGACAGCCCUGAGGCCCGUGCGUUGGCGAAGCAGAUUGGGGCGGCGCUGCUGACCUUGCAGUCCAAAACCAACCGGGCCGUGGCCAACAUGAGACCAGCCAAACCCGCCGUCACCUUGGAGGGCAAGAUGGAGCAGGCCCUCCGCUGGGUGAACAACCCCGGAGUUGACGACAGAGGAAUAGGUCAGGCAGCAAUCAGAGGAAUGGUUGGAGAAGGGAGGAGGCUGGCAGGAGGCCUGUUAGGCCCGUAUCGACAGGAUAUGAUCGGACGCUGCGACAGGACGGAGGCUCUAAUGACAUCUUUGGCAGACAUGGCUGGCAGGGGCGAGGCUGAGGCUCCUCAUGCACGAGCUACAGCUGCACAACUACAGGACAGCCUCAAGGACCUGAGGCAGCACAUGCAGGAGGUGAUGACCCAGGAAGUAUCUGAUGUUUUCAGUGACACCACCACCCCUAUCAAACUGCUGGCUGUGGCUGCAACUGCUCCCCCUGAUGCCCCCAACAGGGAGGAGGUUUUUGAAGAGCGUGCAGGGAACUUUGAGGCCCACGCAGGUCGGCUGGGGGCGACCGCGGAGAAGGCCGCUGCCGUGGGAACAGCCAAUAAGAGCACUGUAGAGGGCAUACAUGCUGCUGUGAAACAUGCCAGGGAGCUCACACCACAGGUGACCUCUGCUGCUCGGAUCUUGUUGAAGAAUCCUGGAAAUAAAGCAGCAUACGAGCACUUUGACACCAUGAAGAACCAGUGGAUUGACAAUGUGGAGAGACUUACUGGUCUGGUGGACGAGGCCAUCGACACCAAAUCUCUGUUAGAUGCUUCUGAGGAGGCAAUAAAGAAAGACAUCGACAAGUGCCGAGUUGCCAUGGCGAACGUUCAGCCCCAAAUGCUUGUUGCCGGGGCAACAAGCAUAGCAAGACGAGCUAAUCGGGUCCUGUUGGUGGCUAAGAGGGAAGUGGAGAACUCUGAAGAUCCGCGGUUCAGAGACACAGUGAAGCAUGCAUCAGACAUCCUCUCACACACCAUUUCGCCCAUGGUGAUGGAUGCUAAGGCAGUGGCCGGGAACAUACAGGAUAAAGCUCUGCAGAAGGCCUAUUUGGACUCAUGUCUGAGGAUCCUGGCUGCAGUCGGAAAAGUUAGAGAGGCCUUCCAACCUCAGGAGCCCGACUUCCCUCCUCCACCACCUGACCUGGACCAGCUCCAUGUUAGUGAUGAGCAGGCACCACCGAAGCCCCCUUUGCCAGAGGGCGAGGUGCCCCCGCCUCGGCCUCCUCCUCCUGAGGAGAAAGAUGAGGAGUUCCCAGAGCAGAAGGUUGGAGAGGUGCUCAGCGAGCCCAUGAUGGUGGCUGCCAGGCAGCUGCAUGAUGAGGCGCGCAAGUGGUCCAGCAGGCCUGAGGAUGAGGAGGCAGUAGAGGAGAGGGAGGUAGAUGAUGAAGAUGAGUUUACUGAUGGUGAGGAUGACUAUGAGCCAGAGCUGCUGAUGAUGCCCUCCAACCAGCCUGUCAAUCAACCCAUUCUGGCAGCUGCCCAGUCGCUCCACCAGGAGGCGCGCAAGUGGUCCAGCAAGGGUAACGACAUCAUUGCAGCAGCCAAGCGGAUGGCUCUGCUAAUGGCUGAAAUGUCUCGGCUGGUGCGUGGCGGGAGCGGGAACAAGCGAGCACUGAUUCAGUGUGCAAAGGACAUCGCCAAGGCCUCGGACGAGGUGACGAGGCUGGCUAAAGAGGUGGCCAAGCAGUGCACCGACAGACGCAUCAGAACUAAUCUGCUGCAGGUGUGUGAACGAAUCCCUACCAUCAGUACUCAGCUGAAGAUCCUCUCCACUGUCAAAGCCACCAUGCUGGGACGAACAAACAUCAGUGAAGAGGAGUCGGAGCAGGCUACAGAGAUGUUGGUCCAUAAUGCUCAGAAUCUGAUGCAGUCAGUGAAGGAGACUGUGAGGGAGGCAGAAGCAGCCUCCAUCAAGAUUCGCACAGAUGCAGGAUUCACCCUUCGCUGGGUCCGCAAGACCCCCUGGUACCAAUAAACAAACCCGGUCGCUGCAUCUAGUCGCACUGUUAACUUGGCACAGACGCCACACAGCUUGAGUAAAAGCAGCAGUGUGCAUACUCACGAGUAAACAUGUGCACUUCAAAGAGGAAACUGCAGGUGAUUUUGGUCCAUCCUCCACUGUAGUUUGGGUGUGUCUACCAGGAACCAUUAGAUAAGCAGGUUUCAUUUAUUGGAGUGAGUUCAGCUUUGCUCUCCAGUUCCCCUUUAUCUGUAUGUGUGGCAUCACGCAGGCUAAGCGGAGACAGUUUUUAAUAUAUAUUUUGGUAUGUUGUGUUACAAGAGUUUAUCCAAAUCCCAGGUAUAUAUUUUUUGCAUGAAAAUUUUUUCUAUUUUCUGAAGGCAAAUGAUGACAAUAAGAUACUUAUCUCCUAGAGGACGUUUACUUUGAGUUCAGUUUUUCCAGUGAGAGGUUCUUAUUGUCUAUUGUAUAUACAGUAAUUAUUUGUUUUAUGGACAACACUCAGCUAUGAGCUUUAUACACUGCGUUUGACACUGAAGCGUGGAGUGUUGCGUGGGUUGAUGAGCUCUCUUCUUCAUGUUUACUUUUAGUAAUAACGCUGUUCUUAACUGAAGGUCUAUGAAUUCAAAGGUGAUAACAUCAUCGCUGCUGUCCGGUGAUGUUUAUACUUGAAGAACUAAAAGGUCUUCUGGAUUUAAAGUGUUACGACUUAAAGGCAAAUGACACAGUUUCUAAAGUGAUUGUAUAAUUUGAAAAAAAUGUAUGGUUGUCAAGUUUUUUUUGUUAAUUGCAGGAGGGCUGAUACUUAAUAGAUUAAAAGAGGUUUAAGAGGUUUAAGUUUAAGAGGUUGGACUGAUGCACUAUGAGCAACAGUAAAGUCAAGAUUAGUUGAGAUGUUUGUAAUAUGUUUUUAAUUCUUUGGUUGAACUUUAUUUAACUUUCACAGUGAACAAUGCCAAAGGAUUUGUUUGACAUUACUGUAAACUUCAUGAAGUUUUCUUAACACUUAAAAUCAAAGUUAUUAUGAACACGACAGAUCAUUUUCUGUGGAUGUGACUCUGAGGUGCUUUUUGAUGUCUACUUUUUUAUUUUCAAAAAAAAGAGAAAAUGUUUCUUCUGCUUUGCAUUUUUUUACUACUUGUAGUGCUUUGAUUCUUUUUAACAGCUGAACUGUCAAAAUUGUUCUAGAGCAGUGAUUUUAGACAGCCACUCAACAUCCUGUUUCCAGUAGUCCUACUCUGCUCUUACAGAUCAUUUUAACACAGAUUUUCUAGACGACCCCGGUGGUUUGAGAACAAAUAUGUGAUAUUAGGCAUUGAAACCAGUCUAUCGUCUAGUUUUUUUUAGGUUUAAAUCAAAAAACUGUAUAAAAGGAGUGUUUUUGUCUGGAAUAAUUACACAGCAGUUUAUGGACGCAUUCAUCAUUAAGAUCGGUACCUCAAUGUUACAAGCAAUCAGGUCAGCUCAUUCCCUAAACAGUGUUCAUCAGGUUUUACUCCAUAUUUUUUUUUACAGCGGUUGAGCAAAUUUAACAGUUAAAUGGAGAAUUUGUAUGUGUAUGUAUGUGUGGAGCCUCUUCCCUUGAACAGUAUUAGUGAGCUGUCUCCAUGAAGGUUAGGGACAGAGCUAAACAGCACACAGAGCGUAAACUGCAUCUUCAUCUUUAUUUGGGCCUACUGAGCAUGUAGCAGCCACUGAGCCCCCACUGAGAGCGACAGGGUGUACUUCUGUGUGUACUUGAUGUGUUCAUUCACACCCUGAAUGUAUUCUGAUAGCUUCUAGCCCUGCCAACACAUCUGCUGUGCCUUGGAAGAAUAAAAGAC